ACGCUCGGCGCCGCGUCAGUACAUGCGGACUCGCCGCGGCGUGCGAAUCACAUUUUUCCAGAGGUAUACAUCUCUAUCCCGCCCAUCGUAUUUUACAAUUCUCUCUCUUAUCCGGUUUUAUUAAAUCGCGUUUCAAGUUUUCGAUAAGCUCGGAGAGAAAUUUAAUUCGCGCUAUCACGAGAAUCCUUAGCGACUUGUUCUCAAGAUUUAAAUCGGCAAUCGAAAAUCAAGAAUCAUGCCAGCAGACGCCGAACUCAGCAACCUGCUCAACAGACGGCAAAGGAUCAACAACGAGCUCGAAGAGGGUAAAGAGGUGAAGAAGCAGUACAAGUUCGUAAACGUUUACACCGAGUUCCACGAGUUGUCACGUCGCGAAAUCAAGCAAUACGAGCAGACCUUCAACAGAUUCGACGAUGGACAUGAUGGCUAUCUCGAUCUCUCCGAAUUGAAGCGAAUGAUGGAAGUUUUAGGUGCACCGCAAACGCAUCUCGGACUCAAGGCAAUGAUCCAGGAGGUCGACGAGGAUGGCGACGGCCGUAUAUCUUUCCGUGAGUUUUUACUGAUCUAUCGUAAGGCACGUGCCGGUGAGCUGGAACAAGAUUCCGGAUUGAGCCAGCUAGCCAGACUCACUGAAGUGGACGUCGAUGAAGUUGGUGUUACCGGAGCUAAAAACUUCUUCGAAGCCAAAAUCGAGCAGUUGCGAAAGGCUUCGAAGUUUGAGGAUGAGAUUCGCAUGGAGCAAGAGGAGCGAAAACGAGAGGAGGAGGAAAAAGCGGCGAGGCGAGAGCAGUUCCGGCAAAAAGCCGCGAUCUUCGGCAAAUAAUCAAAAAAGAACGAAGAUUACGAGAGAGCGAAAGUAGCCGACUUGUCAUUAGAAUGCAAAAACCGAUUGCCUUAGAUUGCUUAGACUUAUUUCCGACGCUCGAUAUCGAUGCCGUCAACGAUUACAUAAACCAUUUAAAUGCUCCAAAGCAACGUGAAAUUGUGAAUUUAUCUAUUAUUACAGAAGAAUUCAAAGUAAGUGAUGUAAUUUCCGGUGCUAUUUGCAUCACGAAUAACGAUUUUAUACCAAUCGUCUUUAAUUUCGUAAAUAAACGAAUCAUUUCCGCGUGUCAAACGAUUUCGAAAUCCCAAUUCAGCAAAAUUAUAACGCUUUUUGUGUUUGAUUUGAAGACUGUGUGUGACAUUUUUACGAUACCAUGCUUUCAACUUAAUAAAACAUAACUAAAAUAACAUGAAAAAUCCGUUUCUUCAAAGCAAGACGAAUAAUAGAGAACGCAUAUUCUUUAAUUGUCACACAAUUUUUAAUUUUUGUAUAUUUAUUAUUUACACUACUAAAUAAUUAAAGCAUUUAGCACUAUUCGAAAUACAUAAUUGUAAAGAGUAUUUAAUAACGUUCAUAUAAUCGUACAUGUCAAUUUUUGUAGAAAUCGAAAUUUUGGAGAACUAUUGAUCUAUCGUCCGGCACAUAUCUAUUCUAUAGAAAUAUUAAAAAUUGUUACAGAGUUAUUAUUUUAUGACAAAAAUUU